AUGGCAAUCACUGACAACCUUCUGUGCUACCCAACAGUGCCGUCGCAGCCGCUGCCGGAUCACCUGCAGGAUCCGCUCAGAUUCUCGCCCCGGUCCGUUUCAAGACUCGACGAGGAGGAGGAAGAAGAUGAGAGCAGCUGGGACCGAACCCUGCGUCCCAUCGCCCUCGACCCGCCUGUUACCCAUCGACCUGCGCAUUCGCGAGACUCGUCCGCCGAAAAGAUCUCCCAGCUUCCUCCGACAUUGAACUCCCCCCGCAUCCACGGGCCGCACACGAGAGGCGCCAUCGGCGGCGUGGUUGAACGAGUCGUCGACCCCAAGAGUGCCGCCUACGGCCAUCAUCGUCAGACCUCCAUCGUACACGGCAUUCAGCACUCGAGAAAUGGCAGCUUGGCCAGCACCACCUCCAGCCCCCUCAGUCCGCAGAUGAUCGCUGCCGCCGGCGUCGGCCUCGACCGCCCAGACAUGCCAUCCGUGGCCGCCCGUCUCGAUGGCGAUGCCACCUUUCCAUCGCGGCCCCCCACAGCUCUCUCCGGAAGUACCGUGGCCAUGGAUCGACCGACCGCCGCCGACAUGUCCCCUCAUGGCCCGGCCCAGCGCAAGCUCGAACGCAUGCACAGUAAAUCACGGCGUGACCACACCCCUCACCACUCUCAUUCGUCCCGUCACCACAAGGAUGACCAGAAGACGGUGGGCGAAUAUGCGUUACACGUCUUGUUCACCUCUUUCAUCGCACAAGCUGAGGAGAAGUUGACAGAGUGCGUCACCGUCCCCUUUGACCCCGAGCCCCAUGUCGAACAAGUAUGCGGUCCGGGUGUCGAUCCGGCCUUUGACCAGUUAAUUGUUGCUCUUGGUCACAUUGCCAGCCCCAAACCGAAAGCCCUAAUAGACUCAAUGAUGCUGUGGAGGAAGAGCAAAAGCGACGCCGCAAACGAGGCGCGCAACCAACUCCAACAAUCCCGUGGAGUCCUACCUGGAGGUCCAUUGCUACGAAGAAAUACAGAACCCGUUCAAGCUGGAGCACCCGACAGUGUUUUCCCCAAUGGCCCACCAACUCUCGCUGCAAGACAAGAAUAUGUCGCUCAAGCUGAACGACGAUCGACCGUGUCGAUUUACAUCCUUUGCCGAGUCCUCCUCGAAGUGAUUAGCCAGAGUAACCUAUCGUCGAUUACCCCUGAAAUGGAGGACAAGCUAGAGAGCAUAAUUUUUGGGCAGCUCAAAAUCGCCGACACGGAGCACUUGAUGGUGUCUCCUCUGAAGCUUGCUAACUGGAACCUUUUUGCCCAGCUGCUCGGGCACAUGAGCGACAUCAAUUUCGCCAGCGUUACCAGGAGAUUCAUUGAAGAUCUGGACAGCUCCCUUCAAGAACGAGUGGUCAAGAGUCCGACUUCAUCCUCUGGCCGGGACGCAGAAGGAAAGGUGGAACUUGUCUUGGGAGGAAUGAAGCAUCUCAAGCUCAAGAUCUCACCCGAAGAUGCGUGGGAACACUCUUGCGACUUUCUCAUCUCCUUGGGCCGUCUGUUUCAGAAGUCUCAUGGCCAGAGGGUUAAGACAGCCUUUUGCCAGGUGAUCGAGAUGUUGCUUCUUCCAAUUGCGGCAAAGGCAAGCAACAGUCACUUCAUGCAUCCGAAAUGGGCAGAGGUUCUAUCUGCUGUUGGACCUCGUCUGGCCCAAAUGUUUAUGAAGCCGAGGCAUUGGACCUUUGCGUUUCCAUUGACCGCGACCCUGCUCUGCGUCUCUUCCCCGGACAACUUUGGCUCUCAGUGGCUACAAUUGAUUUUGCCUCUGCAAACCAAGGUAAAGGAUCGAUUCACCAAACCGCUUUGUCUUCAAGUUAUUUCUCGCUUGCUCUGGACUUACUUGUACCGGACCAAUGACACCGUUCAAGGCGCUCUACGGAAGAUCGACGAGGUGAUGAAACUGGUUUUACCUUCGUCAAAGCGAAGCCUGGUAGCCUCUGACACCAUUUGCACUGAGCCUUUGAUCCAGAUCAUCCGAAUCAUCGGCUUCAAAUAUCCCGAGUACUGCUUCAGAACCGUCGUGUUCCCCCUGAUCAACGCGGAGCUAUUCACAUCGAAUAAGGAGUUGAAGGUUGAGCAAUUGGAUCCUGAUCGAGUCGUUGUGGGAAUCAGGGCCUUUCUCUACAUUAUGUCCGACCUCGAAAAGGGAGAGCAAGGACAGCCACCUUUCCCCCAGUUUGCCGAAAACCCUUCGUCGACGUCAACGCCUGACCGAUUUCCCGUAUCCCCUGCCGCCUCUUCUCCCCGCAACUCCCCCCUCUCGCAACCAACAGUUACUUCGAAAGAGGAGUAUGUCACUCGUCCUGUCCUGACACACGUCUUGAGUGAUGGCGUCCGGGAAUACUAUCUCAAAUUCUGCGAGAUCCUUGGCAAGAUUACCAUCAUCUGUGACAAUACCUUUGGCGGCCAAGCGGCCCUGGAUGAGAAAUUCAACAGUCCCGGACCAAAGACGCCUAUUGCUGAAACCUUUACCUUUUCCCGCAAGGAUGAUCACCAGAGUGCCGCGGACCAGAAGCAAGCGUUUUACGAACUCCUCCAUGUUGCUGUACAAGCAUUACCUCGGUGUCUGUCAGUUGAUAUUCCGUUCAACUCACUCAUCAACUUGCUAUGCACCGGCACAGCCCAUGUGCAGUACAAUAUUGCUGAAUCAUCAGCCAACUCUCUGAAAGCUAUCGCCAGGCAAUCGCAUGCCCAACAAGUUACCAUGGGCUUUGCUCGAUUCAUCUUCAACUUUGACGAUCGAUAUUCAACCAUGUCAGAUGGCGGAAUGCUUGGUCAUAGCCACAUCGAGAAUACCCUUCGGCUUUACGUCGAGCUUCUGCAAAUAUGGAUUGAGGAAAUCCGGCAAAAGUCUAGGGAUGCUGCUACAGAUCAGCCAGAAGCCAAUGCCUCGGACAAGCGAGCUCUCAAACUCGAUCUCUCGAGCAUAUGGGCCGAGGUUGAUCAAGCAGAAGCCCAUGGUUUAUUCUUCCUUUGCUCACAGUCCCGGAGAGUUCGUCACUUUGCUGUUACAGUUCUUCGCCUCAUCGUCGAUUUUGACAAAGCUCUUGGAAAGGAAGCGUCCGAGGACAAGGAUUCCAUGAGGCUUAUUGACAUACUCGAGAAUGAGUCCAGCAAGGUCAUGGAUUUCAACGAUGAACAACUGUCUGUUGCUGAGCGGAGUCGAUUGCAGCGAGGUCUUCAGAAUACCAACAAUCAAGGAGCCUUGGUUGAGCUCUGCGCCAGUGAUGUCUCUUACGAUACGACCCUGUGGUUCAAGAUCUUUCCAAACCUUAUCCGGAUGGCCUACGAGAAAUGCCCGUUCACUGUCACGAUCUGUCGAGAUCUUAUUUGCAACCGAAUUCUUCAGAUGUACAAGCCUAUCGUCUACCUUUCUGAGCCCUCGCGAGGCCUAUACUACAACGGAGACCCUGGCAGUGCCAGAAUGGGAGGUCGGUCUGCAACAGCCCAUCCAGAGGUAAUGGUGGAGCAAUGGAAGCUGUACCUGAUAUUCGCCUGCACGACACUUGCAGACCCAGGUGCUUUGCCUACGCCACAGGAUCCCCAACAUGUCCGAAAGACCUCCAAAUCAUCUUCCAAGGACAAGAUUGUCACCGCCAGGAUGUUGUUCAAGUAUCUCAUUCCAUUGCUAUCAGUCUCCUCAGCUUCUGUCCGGGACGCCGUGGUCGUCGCCAUGGGCUCAAUCAACAUUCACAUCUACCGGACAUUGCUCGAGGAGCUGCAAGGCCAGGUUUCUCGCUGCAACGAUGAGGCUCGCGCUCGGAUACACCAGAGAACGAACAGUAACCCUCGAAGGAACCGCAAAAUGGACCUCCUUAGAACGGAGAUCACACACGUUUUUAAACUGACCUCACACUUCCUCAGCGAACCUGAGGUUUACAAUGGGGAGUUCUUCUUGACAACCCUGACCGCAUAUACAAAGGAUCUCAAGCUCUUCUUGAUGGAUGGGGAAGUUCAGAUGGACUGGGAGUUUCAGAAGCUCCGACGACACUACUGCGGACUGAUGGAGGCCCUCUUUGAGGGCAUCAACCGAACCAAGGACCCCUCUCGAUGGAUGACAUUUGAGUCUCGAAAGUCGGCCUUCUCUCUCAUGGAGGAUUGGUGUGGCUUUUCGCCAAAUCAGACUCAGAUACGUGCUCGCGAAGAUACCAUGCGACAGUCUCUGAUUGAUCAGCAGACUUUAGGUGAGAGAGGCACUGUCACCGCGGCCAUGGAGAUUGAAAAGAGGAACCUGAGGACUGCGGCCCUCAGCGCCAUGGCAGCCUUGUGCGGAGGACCGAUCAGUGUUACCACAGAGAGCAAUAACGUUCUCCAGUUCGACAUACGGCGCAUGCUCGCUUGGAUUGAGGCCAUCUUCAACUCGGGAAGCGACCGGAUGAAUGUCAUUGGAAGGAGGGCUUUGAAGAACCUGAUUGUGCACAACCAGGAGGUUCCCUACCUGAUGGAGCACUGCAUCGCGCGGUGUUAUUUGGCCGACGUCCCGAAGGUCCUUGAAAGCUAUUUUGCCGUCGUCACUCAGGUUUUGCAGGACCACAUUGACUACCCGUGCCCGUUCUGGAAACUGCUUGGUCUUUGCCUCUUCACGCUGGGCAAUGAUCAAAGUGAGAUUAGGUCCAAGUCUGCGACUGUUCUACGAUCUCUGGAAUCACGCCAGCAGAGGAACUCGAAGAUUCAGGAUUUCGACAUCAGUAUUUCCGACAAGACACAGGCUGUCUAUAAGCUUGCACAGUUUGAAAUCUCCAAGCGUCUUGCGAAGCAACACACCGAGCUGGCUUUCCACAUCUUCUCCGAGUUUACCCUCUAUUUCAAGGACCUACAGCCUGCAGCCCAACGGAACGUUGUUGCUGUAAUUCUCCCCUGGAUCCAGUCCAUUGAGCUAAAGUUGGACCCCAAUGGAGGCCCCACGGCGCAGUCUUUCGUGCUACUCGCAAACUUGCUGGAGAUUACAAUCAAAUCCAGUGGUGCGUUACACAACGAAGUCCAGGCUCUCUGGCAGGCCCUUGCAACUGGACCACAUCCAGGCAAUGUCCGACUAGUGCUGGAUUUCAUCAUGCAGCUGUGUCUUGAGCGCCGAGAGCAAAAUUUUGUCGAGUAUGCCAAGCAGAUUGUCGUCUUCCUAUCCACAACGAACAGCACGCCAGGUAUCAAGGUUGUCGAGUUCCUUCUCAUGCAAAUUACGCCGAAAGCCAUGGUGCCGAAUGAGAAGCGCGAUGCGGUUCCGCCGCCGCCUGACAUCAGUCUUUUGCCUUACUGCGCUGAUCUGGCUGAGGCUCUCCCAGUGGGUACCAAGCAAGCCGGGUUCUCCCUUGGUCAGCUGUCGUUGAUUUUGCUCGUGGAUUUGAUGGUGUCUCCAGUACACCUCACGCAGGAAAACGUCCCGCUUCUGCUUCAAGUGGUGACUGUCUUGUGGGAUCACUACACACCUCUGGUUCAGGAACAGGCACGAGAGAUGCUCGUACAUCUGAUCCACGAGUUGGUCAUAUCUCAGAUCGACGACCAGGCUCAAGAAGCCGACAGGACGUCUAUUGAGGACUUGAUUGAUCUUGUUCGUCGACAUGACCGGUCUGUGGUCUGGGGAUACGAGGACAGUAAUGGCAAAGUGGAUGACCAUGACAGCAAAGUGCCGCCGAGCAUGGAGUUCCUGACAGCAGAGGUGGUCAAGACGUUUGAAAUCACAUUCCCCGGAAUCAAGGACCACUGGGGCCGACUGUCACUGACCUGGGCCACGUCUUGUCCGGUUCGCCACCUCGCAUGUCGUUCGUUCCAGAUCUUCAGAUGUGUCCUCACGUCGGUUGAUCAACUGAUGCUCGGGGACAUGCUUGCGCGAUUGUCCAACACGAUUGCGGACGAAGAUCCUGAGAUCCAGUCCUUCUCAAUGGAGAUCUUGACAACUCUGAAAACACUCAUUGUCAAGCUGGAUGCAGACAAUCUCCUCAGCUUCCCGCAAUUGUUCUGGACUACGUGUGCUUGCUUGGAAUCCAUCAACGAGCGCGAGUUUCUUGAAGCUGUCGAGAUGCUCAACAAGUUCCUCAGCAAGCUGGACUUGAGCGUGCCCAGUGUGCGCAGGAUACUUGCCGAUGGCCAACCAGCCCGAUGGGAGGGAUUGUUUGAUGGUGUGCAGCCGUUGCUCCAUAAGGGCCUGAGAUCCUCUCUUUGUUGGCAGCCAACCCUCGACACGAUGGACAAGCUGGUACAUCUCCCUUGCGAUGGCUUGAUCGGCGACGACACUCGGCUGUUCUUCUCUUUGCUGGCAAAUUUCCCCCGGUUCUUGAACGAGCUUGAGAAGCCGAGUCUGGGCGACGACGUUUUGCACACGGCUAAGCUACUUCUGGACGAAGCCGAUCGUCAGGGGCUGGCCAGCAUUGCCCUGGCUCUGCAUGACUUUGUCUCAGGAAAGCCUCAAGAUAGCAGCAAAGACUUCAUUCUUGAGCUCUGGGGGGCGUUGAGAGAAUACUAUCUCCCCCACCUGGACUUCCAAAUGGUAACCUUCCUUAUUGGACUCCUCACGAACUCUCUGUCUUGGGUCAAGAUCCAUACGAUGAGGAUUCUCUGUGUUGCUAUCCCCGAGGUAGACAUGCGCAAACCAGAACUUGCUGGCCAUGGGUCCGAUCUCAUCUCGCCAUUGCUUCGCCUUUUGCAAACAGAAUUUUGUAUGGAGGCGCUCGAGGUGCUGGACAACAUCAUGACCAUGUCUGGCAACCACAUGGAUAAACACCAUCUGAGGAUGAGCAUGACACGAUCGACAUCAAGGGCGAUCCGCAAGGAAUACGAGCGCACGCAGAGCCUGUUCGGAAUUCCGGAGGCGUCAGGCUGGGCUAUUCCUGUACCCGCGAAGAAGACGGAUGCCACUCGUGCCAAUAUUCAUGCCGCUUUCUACACAUGCCAGGGCUCAGAAGGCAUGCUGACUGAAACUUCGCCAACCCCUGACGUGGAGUUUCAUGCAGAUGACUUUCCCUACGGCUACUUUGGGGCGUCGGAGCGAACCGAGACGAUGCUCUCUGACGAGGGUCGCGGCGAUGUUCACGUUGGCGACCUCGCGACCAAACUGGACAGUCUCGAUGAUUUCUUUGAUGAGCCAUCAAGCCCUGCUACUGACGACGACGGGCGAUCAUCAAGGACAAUUACUGAGUAUACGCCUGAGUCUUUUGAGACUGGGGCGCAACUGUACGACGAGCAGAUUCUGCCCAUUUUGCACGAAGCCUCCAACAACACAUCAUUCCAGAAUGGAUUUGCAGACCGUUCCCCGGCUAUGUCAAGGGAAGCAAGCUCAAACACGAUGAAUCCCGGGGCCUUCAAUGUCAUUGUCCCUACUACACGGCCUGGGCUUCAUUCCAGAUCUAUCACGUCCCCAUCUGCUCCGGCUUCUUAUCAGCCACAGAUGGGGGACAUUGCUUCGGACGACGAGUACGUGGGAGGAUUCUCUGAUGCUGAUGAUGAGCGACCCAGCACGGGGCACACAGAGGGUGCCUUUUUCCUAGAGAACAUGAUCAAGCCUGUGACUAGAAGGCCACAGUCGAGAAUGCGACGUGUAACACAAAGCAGGUCGCGAGAUGAGAGGAGCAGAGAGAAGCCACCACCGCAGCCAGCGUCACGCCUGGCGAACAAGAUGUUUCCACCCAAGAUUCAAAAUCAAGGCCAGGGCGACAUGCUAUGA